CAUAAAAGCCCUUGCUAAAAGGGACGUGCAGUCGUGAGUGCCGAGCUGCUCUGUAGCCAAGAGAGAUGGGGCAGUCGGUGCAGUGAGGACGGAGGUCGCAAGAAGGAAAACAAGGGCAGCAGGCAAGCGAGAAAGAAGCGGAUAUCUGGCAAAAGCUGACGGCAGAAGACCUAGAGGGCUAAAGGAGCCCACAGCAGGUGGAGACAAGAUCUAGAACAAACCGGUCCGGUCCACAGUUGUUUUUCUGGAAGAGAAGAAAGUGGUGGUGGGGGGAUUGCCUUUCUCCCCUGCAGUUUAUGAAAACUACUUUUAUCCUCUUCAGAAAAGAAAAGGCUUAAGGGAGGUAAAGGCACUCUCUUUACUUAGAGGAGGGGGGGGGGGAACCUAGAUUCUUUCAGAAGCCUCUGAAAUAACCCACAGUUGCAGAUCCACCCUGGUUUCUGAAGAUUUACAUCCCUUUCGGGAGAAUUCCAGCCGGAGUAGCUGGUACAGUUCUAUUUUUUUUUUUUUUAUUUAAAUAUCUCUGUCUCUUCCCCUAUCCGGUGCCUUCUAACACUUUCCUUGUUUGUAAGCACAAGUGUCAAGAAAGUGUCAAUCCGGAGUAGGAAUAUUUUUAGUUUUCUCUUUUAUCUUCCAGUAUCUUUUUUUUUUUUUUUAAAGAGGUUAGGAGGGGUCCUUAUUUCCGAAAAGGACGUCUUAAUUGGAGAGGCUCUGCCUCUAAAUAGGUUUACACACAUACCCACUUAGAAAGAGCUACCUUUCAGAGGUUGGCAUCCCACUAAGAAAGAUGGAAGAAGGAGCCAGGCAGCGAAACAACGCUGCAAAGAGCCAUCCAGGUGGGAGCGAGGCGGAGGCGAGUCCCGACACCGGUUCCGAAGGGGGCGGAGUAGCCCUGAAGAAAGAGAUUGGAUUGGUCAGUGCGUGCGGUAUCAUUGUAGGGAACAUCAUCGGUUCUGGCAUCUUCGUAUCACCAAAGGGUGUGCUGGAGAAUGCGGGCUCUGUGGGCUUUGCGCUCAUCGUCUGGAUCGUAACGGGUCUCAUCACAGCUGUGGGAGCCCUGUGCUAUGCUGAGCUCGGGGUCACCAUCCCCAAAUCUGGCGGUGACUACUCCUAUGUCAAGGACAUCUUCGGAGGACUGGCUGGGUUCCUGAGGCUAUGGAUUGCGGUGCUGGUGAUCUACCCCACCAACCAGGCUGUCAUCGCCCUCACCUUCUCCAACUACGUGUUACAGCCACUCUUCCCCACCUGCUUCCCCCCGGAGUCUGGCCUCCGACUCCUGGCUGCCAUCUGCUUAUUGCUCCUCACAUGGGUCAACUGCUCCAGUGUGCGGUGGGCCACCCGGGUUCAAGACAUAUUCACCGCUGGGAAGCUCCUGGCCCUCGCUCUCAUCAUCAUCAUGGGGGUUGUACAGAUUUGCAAAGGACAAUACUUCUGGCUGGAGCCAAAGAAUGCAUUUGAGAAUUUCCAAGAACCUGACAUCGGCCUCAUUGCACUGGCUUUCCUUCAGGGCUCCUUUGCCUAUGGAGGCUGGAACUUUCUUAAUUAUGUGACUGAGGAACUUGUUGAUCCCUACAAGAAUCUUCCCAGAGCCAUCUUCAUCUCCAUCCCACUGGUCACAUUUGUGUAUGUCUUUGCCAAUGUCGCUUAUGUCACUGCAAUGUCCCCCCAGGAGCUGCUGGCAUCAAACGCAGUCGCUGUGACUUUUGGAGAGAAGCUCCUAGGUGUCAUGGCCUGGAUCAUGCCCAUUUCUGUGGCCCUGUCUACAUUUGGAGGAGUCAAUGGUUCUCUUUUCACCUCCUCCCGGCUGUUCUUUGCUGGAGCCAGGGAGGGCCACCUUCCCAGCGUGUUGGCCAUGAUCCACGUGAAGCGUUGCACCCCAAUCCCAGCCUUGCUCUUCACAUGCCUCUCGACCCUGCUGAUGCUGGUCACCAGUGACAUGUAUACUCUCAUCAACUAUGUGGGCUUCAUCAACUACCUCUUUUAUGGGGUCACAGUUGCUGGACAGAUAGUUCUUCGCUGGAAGAAACCGGACAUCCCCCGCCCCAUCAAGAUCAACCUCCUGUUCCCCAUCAUCUACUUAUUGUUCUGGGCCUUCCUGCUGGUCUUCAGCCUCUGGUCGGAGCCCGUGGUGUGCGGCAUCGGCCUGGCCAUCAUGCUGACAGGAGUGCCCGUCUACUUCCUGGGUGUUUACUGGCAACACAAACCACAGUGUUUCCAUAACUUCAUUGAGUGGAUGACCCUGGUGAGCCAGAAGAUGUGUGUUGUUGUGUACCCUGCGAUGGAUGGGGGCUCGGGGACAGAGGAGAUAAACAAGGACAUGGAGGAGCAGCAACAGCCCAUCUACCAACCCACUGACUCCAAGGACAAGACUUCAGAGGAGCAGCCCUAAUCUUGAGGAACCCCAUCCCUCUCAGCAGGCUCCUCCCUCCCUCAACACCCUUUCUGCCUUCCCUGCCCAGGUCCCCCCAACAUACACACACACACUCCUCUGUCAAGCAGGGGCAGGACCUGGGUAUGGACGGUGAGACACUAAACCAAGACUGACACUAUACCCAAAGAACCAGCCUCUCACCCCCAGGACCUGUGUCCAAAGCCCCCCUCCAGGCCUGUCCACAUUCUGUUAGAGGAGAGUGGAGCUACCAAGGGUGACUCCAGGAUCUGCCCUCUGUCCUGGGCCCACACAUUAUAUUUCCUCCUCUAGAACUUGAGUACCCUACUGCCUUCCCUCCCCACUCCUGAGCCCAGGGAGGCCUCAGCUCAGAGAGAGGUGGUAGCAACUGUAGUCAGUUAGGGAGGGACAGACUCAAGCAAAUUUGUCACCAUUGAAGGUCAGCUGGAGAGAUUCAAAUCUCCCUCCCUUCUUCCCUCCCUCCCUCCCUUCACUAGGGACCCAAGAAACCAGAGGGGAUACUUCUCUCUGCCCUGUACUCCUCGGUACUUCCCCAGGCCUCCUGAGCUCCCUGGCCACAGUCAGGUUCCUGUCAGGACACCACCUCCCCACUGAGCUAAGGACCAAUGAGCAGGAGAACUGCCCCCGCCCCCCAAGCAGAGCCAGGCCUGUGGAACAGUUGGGAAAGGCUCGGAUUGCAGAACCCAGCCCUGCCCCUGCCCUUGCCCCUGCAUCCUGCCCUCAACUCUGUGCCAAAGCUUCUUAAUACCAGAAAGGCUUUUUAUUUUCAGCAUAGUAGUAGACAACGUCUCUCUCCUAAUGACAAAGUCGUUCUGCUUCUCCUCCCUCUCUAUGCCCAGGGGAAGACUCAGUCAGUCACCCAGUUACCCCUGCAGCUACACCCUGACACACCCCCAGCCACACCCCCAGUGAGCUAUUCGGGCUGCCCCAUCAUGUCCUUUUCCUCCUCCAGAACCAGACUGGGUGUGAAGUCUCCCCGAGCCCAUCAGGCCUGAAAUCCAAGCCAAAUCAGCCUUAAGUCACCUCCCAUCCAAGAAUCAGACCUAAAAAUACUCUCUUAUUUCUAAACCCAGGAACAGACCUGGUAUGAAAUGCACUCUGGGAGGAAGGGAGGGAGUUAAGGAGGGUGCUGUUCCACUUCCCUAGAGGUGCCCAUCCCAUAAACUUGGAGACUGUUCCGGAGAAGGUGUCUUCAGAAAAACAGUUCCAGCCCCCUCCCCAACUCAGAUAACCCCCACUGACAGUCCCACCGCUGUCCUGUCUGGGCAGCCUCCAAGGCAGGAUGAGAGGGCAGUGGCAGCCUGGCACCUCCUGGAAGGCCCUGGGAAAGGCAGGUCUCUGUGGCUUGCAGACUCCCAGCAUCCUGCAGGCUGAGGCCACUUUGCCUGUGCUCCAAGGGAAGGCUUCCGCGCCACCCCUGCUGUGCUAAGGACUAGGAUCCUUUUAUCCUACAGCAAGAUUCCCUGGGCACCCCCACUCUCCAUCUUUUCUGCUUAAUACUGGAAUACCUGGGGAACCACUCCUGUCCCAGACAGACCUCCCAGCUUCCACCUGCCUGCCUGACCUCAACUUGCUGAGAUGCCAGGACUGGUCAGGAGAACUAGGGCUGGCCCCUGGGGGGUCAGGGGACCAUCCUCCUAUACCCUCAUCUCAUUCCUCUACCCUCCUAUUAUUGUUUUUUGUAAAGUGGAUGCCUUACUUUUUGGAUAAAUAUUUUUGAAGCUGGCAUUUCUAUUUCUUUUGGAUUUUGUAAUGUAAGGUUGGUUGUUGUU